AUGGCGUCUAGGGCGAGCGCGGGAUCGAAGGACGGGGGAGCGAGGGACGAAGGCAUGGGCUCGCAACCUUACAAGGUGAGCGCGAGGUCGUGGAAGCCCCUGGUUCACGCACUCAACUUCGAGUCGGAGAUGGCGGCAGCACUGGCGCCGCGGAUGGACCUCGCCCGUGCUCGUGCUCCGUUCGUGCCUGCCUCCGGCGGCGGGCUUCACCAACAAUUAUUUGGCUCUGAAGACAAGUGUCCCAAACAAUUUGUGGAAGUUUCUGAAAUAAUAAUUAAGAAAUGUGGAGGUGUGCCAUUAGCUAUCAUUAUUACCACAUCAGGUUUGUUAGUGAAUAAGAUGGGAAAUGUAAAACAGUGGAACGAAUAUUGUGACUCUAUUGGUUCGGGGCUUGGAAGCAAUCCUGAUAUGGAAAAUAUGAGGAAGAUAUUAUCUCUUAGCUAUUAUGAUCUACCAGCUCAUUUGAAGACAUGUUUAUUGUAUCUAAGUGUAUUUCCAGAAGACUAUGCGAUUGUUAAAGAUCGGUUGAUUUGGAGGUGGAUAGCUGAAGACUUUGUCCCACCUGGAGAAGGGGGCCAAAGUUCAUUAGAGCUUGGGGAGAGUUACUUCAAUGAUCUUGUAAAUAGAAGCCUGAUCCAACCAGCAGAUAUUUAUGAGGAAGAUGGAUUGAAGAAUCUAACAUCCUUAGAAAUGCUGCGGUGUGCAGUUGUUGAUUCUGCACACAUCGCCGAAGAGCUGGGCCAUCUGACGCAACAGAGGAUCCUCAAUGUUAGUCUAAAAUUUGACAACGAAGCAGGAGAUGAUGAGGGCAUUUGCAAAUGUUUAGUGGAGUCCCUAGGCAAACUGCAAAAAAUCCGACGUCUAGCAGUAGCCUCAACAGACGGGGUGAUGAAUCUUGAAGGCUCGGUGGAGUCCCUAGGCAGCCUGUCCUAUCAUCGUAUUCGUAACACGUACUGGUUUGUUGCCCACAUGGAUUAA